AUGUCACUUUCUUCCUCUCCCUUCAACGUCUUCGCUUCCUACACACCAAAACCCAAAACCUUCCUCAAAGAUUCCAAACUCCUUUCAAGAUCUCACCAACCAAACUCCUUCCCUCUCCAAACCCAAAAACCCUCAACGAAUCUCACCCUCACAAGACCAAAACUCAAACCAAUCUCAUCUCUCGAAACCUCAGAGAUCAACACAUCAUCCUCUCCCACCUUCAGGAACAAACCCGCUAACGAAAUAAACAUCCUAGUCGUCGGCUCCACGGGGUACAUAGGCAGAUUCGUAGUCAAAGAGCUCGUCUCUCGAGGCUUCAACGUGAUCGCUGUCGCAAGAGAGAAGAGUGGCGUCAGAGGCAAAAACAACAAAGAAGAGACUUUAAAACAGUUAAAAGGCGCCAACGUAUGUUUCUCAGACGUUACUGAUAUAACCUCUCUCCAAGAAUCUUUACAGAACCUAAACCUAAGUAUCGAUGUCGUUGUCUCCUGUCUCGCUAGCCGUAACGGAGGGAUAAAAGACUCGUGGAAAAUCGAUUACGAAGCGACAAAGAACAGUCUCGUCGCUGGUCAAAACUUCGGAGCCAAACACUUCGUUCUCCUCUCAGCAAUCUGUGUCCAAAAGCCUCUUUUGGAGUUUCAGCGCGCGAAACUCAAGUUCGAAGCAGAGCUUAUGAACCAAAAAGACUCAACUUUUACGUACAGUAUCGUUAGACCAACGGCUUUUUUUAAAAGCUUAGGUGGACAAGUGGAGAUUGUCAAAGAAGGGAAGCCUUAUGUUAUGUUCGGAGACGGUAAGCUUUGCGCUUGUAAACCGAUAAGUGAGGAGGAUUUAGCUUCGUUUAUAGCGGACUGUGUCUUGGAAGAGGACAAGAUGAAUCAGGUUUUACCUAUUGGUGGGCCAGGGAAGGCGUUGACGCCGUUGGAGCAAGGGGAGAUUUUGUUUAGGGUGCUUGGGAGAGAGCCUAAGUUUUUGAAGGUGCCUUUUGAGGUUAUGGACUUUGUGAUUGGGGUGCUUGAUGGUGUUGCUAAGGUGGUGCCUGGUGUUAAGGAAGCUGCUGAGUUUGGGAAGAUUGGGAGGUAUUAUGCUGCGGAGAGUAUGUUGAUUCUUGAUCCGGAGACUGGGGAGUAUAGUGAGGAGAUGACUCCGAGUUAUGGGAAGGAUACGCUUGAGGAUUUUUUUGAGAAAGUUGUUAGGGAAGGGAUGGCUGGUCAAGAGCUUGGUGAACAGUUUUUCUAG